AUGGAGCUUGGAGGGGCACUGAGCAUCUUCCUGGCCAUCUGUGUCUCCUGCUUACUCCUCAUCUCAGCAUGGAAGAGGAUGCACAAGGAAGGCAAGCUGCCCCCUGGGCCAACGCCCUUGCCUUUCAUCGGCAACUUGCUGCAAAUCAAAACCAGCGAGCCCUUUAAGUCCUUUUUGGCGGUGAGUUGUGCUCUCUUUGCCAUCAAAAGCUUGGGAGGAAAUGAGGAAAUGAGGGGAGAAUGUAUGGCUGGGCUGGGGCUGUAUGCUUAGUUUUCAAGAAUUCUUGUGUUUCGAACUGCCCAAGUGGAGUCAGGGAACAGGUAUGAGCGCAUGUUCCACCUUCCGCAAGGUAGCUCUUAUGACUCCAUGAAGGCUCCAGCCAGGUGAGACCAGUGGUCUGCUCACCACUGCAUCUGUGACUGAGCACAACUCUCUGGAAAGACCCCAGAGGGGCCUGUAGGCAACAUCAACCCCACUUUUUGCUCCACAAAGGCAAUUCAGAGAUAUGGUGCCUCUGAAAAUGGAAGCUCCAUAUCACCUUUUAUGAGCAAAUACCCACUGACCAAAUACCAUAGCUGUCAACUUUUCCCUUUUCUUGCGAGGAAUCCUAUUCGGAAUAAGGGAAUUUCCCUUAAAGAAAGGGAAACGUUGACAGCUAUGCCAAAUACGCACCCUGCAUGAAUUUAUUUUAUUUCUACUUACAGCCACCCAAGUGUCUACCACCAUAAGGGUCUACCACAAUCACCACUUAACUAUGUUGUGUGAAGUAGGACUUUUUCUCUCUGUGUUCUGAAUCUCUUACUAACAAAUCUCUUUGAAUGACAGCAUGUUAUAGAAUUAAUUGCAAGGUGUGUGUAUGUCUAUCCACUUUUCCCAUGCAAUAUAUAUGCGAACCUGAUGCCCUCUAGAUGUUUCGGACUACAACUCCCAUCAGCCCCAACCAGCAUGGUUAUGGUAGCUAGGGCUGAUGGGAAUUGUAGUCCAAAACACCUGGAGGGCACCAGGUUGGCCCAGACGGAUUGAAGGCUUCUACAACCUUCUUUCAUGCCUCCUGCUUUGCCUGUUUACCCAUUGUCUUCUUACUAUGGUUUCUUCCGCAGCUGCAGAAAAAAUAUGGUCCCGUGUUCACGGUGUACCUUGGGCCACGGAGAGUUGUGGUCCUGUGUGGACAUGAGGCAGUGAAGGAAGCUUUGGUGGACCAAGCUGAGGAGUUCAGUGGCCGGGGGGAGCUGGCUUCUAUUGACCGGAACUUCAAUGGCUUUGGUGAGUCGAGUAGAUCUGAUGGGUUCUGCCAAUACAACAUGGAGAAACUUUUAUGAUUGGUAAAGGAGAGUCUGUUUUGCAGGUAGGAACAGAGCAGAAAUUCAUAUUUAAAGGUGAACUGGUUGAAUCUGACCUUUUUGAAACAAUACAGAAACCAAAACACGGCCAUCCUUCAGAAUUUGCAGCUUUCCAAAUUUUGCAGGGCAAUUCUCCAAACAAGUAACGCCUACCAAAAUGUGUCCGCUAGGGCAGUGUCCAUAAAAAUGCAUAUGUAAGAUUCAAAGAUCCUUUAUAUUAGGGGGAAUUGGUUGCAAAAAAAAAUGUAUAUACUAGGAGAAUAUCACACUUUCAGGUUGAUUAAUAUUCAUGAAGGCUUUAAAAAGAAGAAUUUCAAACUGGCAUGGGAAUGUGGAGGACCAAACUUCAGUUUGGGAAAAUAUGAAAGUGGAAGAAACUGAGAUCUAUAGAUUUCCCCAUCUCUAGUUGGAGACAGCCUUUCUCAACUAGAGAAAGCUGUUUUGAACUACAGUCAGUGAGGUCUGCUUUAAGGUGGGGUAGCUUAUUGGGAGCAGGCACAGAUGGGUUAUCGCCGAUGUAAAUUACCACCAGAAUUUCUUAAAUUUCCUGCCAGACAGAACUUCUCCUGGGCUUGUGAGUGGAGCAGCUGAGUUGUAAUAUGUGCCUGCCCUGUUCAGGCCUAAAUGUGGAGGGCAGGAGAUAAGAUUUUGUAUCAACCACGGCUGCCCUAAUGAAAGUCACUGCCUUCAUUUCCAGGAGUUGCUUUUGCCAAUGGGGAACGGUGGAGGCAGCUGCGUCGCUUCUCCCUCACCACCCUGAGGAAUUUUGGGAUGGGGAAACGGUCCAUUGAGGAGCGGAUCCAGGAGGAGGCCCAGUACUUGCUGGAGGAGUUUAGGAAAACUAAAGGUUAGUGUUGGCCUCGCCCAACUCCUUCCACAGUGGAGGCUUGUGGAGAGGGAAAUGGGGAAAGGGUGCCAUCACCAAUGACCCUUGGUUUUUUGCUUUUCAGGACUGCCCUUUGAUCCCACCUUCUUCCUAAGCCGCACAGUCUCCAAUGUCAUCAGCUCUGUUGUCUUUGGCAGUCGCUUUGACUACGACGACAAGGUUUUUCUCUCUUUGUUGCGCAUGAUCAACGAGAGCUUCAUCGAGAUGAGCACUCCUUGGGCACAGGUAAUGGAAAGAUCUGGAAGGGAGUCCAUCUGUCCCUCUUUCUGCAAGGGGGAAGCAUUCAAAAAAUGGAACCUCAGCUUCUCAAGACGACAAUGGGAAGAGGCAACAGACCCCUUCCCUGGGAGUCUCUGCUCUGUAUUUAUUUUUUUUAUAAUAUUUUUAAAUUUGAUUUUACAACACCAUUCCCAAUCAUGAACACAUAUGGUAAAAAUAGCACAAGAUUCUUCUGAAUCUCAGAACUUCCCCCCUCCCCUUCGUGGGUUCUUCAAGUAAUUUUUUUUUUUACUGCAUAUAAUAAGUCCAUUAUAUGGACGCGGGUGGCGCUGUGGGUUAAACCACAGAGCCUAGGACUUGCCGAUCGGAAGGUCGGUGGUUCGAAUCCCCACGACGGGGUGAGCUCCUGUUGCUUGGUCCCUGCUCCUGCCAACCUAGCAGUUCGAAAGCACGUCAAAGUUCAAGUAGAUAAAUAGGUACCACUCCGGCAGGAAGGUAAACGGUGUUUCCGUGUGCUGCUCUGGUUCGCCAGAAGCGGCUUAGUCCUGCUGGCCACAUGACCCAGAAGCUGUACGUCGGCUCCCUCAGCCAGUAAAGCGAGAUGAGCGCCGCAACCCCAGAGUCGGCCACGACUGGACCUAAUGGUCAGGGGUCCCUUUACCUUUACCUAAUAAGUCCAUUUAGUUGGCUAUCCUCCAUUGUAUCCAAAGUCAUUGCAAGUUAUUUAAAACCUGCCUGAGAGUUCAAGCAUCUCCAGUGGUCUUUCAAAUAUAAUGCAGAUUUGUCCCAUUCUUUACUGAAGCCUUGAUCCUCCUGAUUUCUGAUCUUCCUAGUUAAUCUUGCCAUCUGUGCAUAAUCCAGUAGUUUCUGCCAGUCCUCCUCAGUGGGAAUCUUACCGUCUUUCCAUCUCUGGGCAAGAGUCUCUGCUCUUUAUUCCUCUCAAUUUUUCAAACUCUGUUCUUUGGGUGCAUGAUCUCAGAAUACAGCAACAACAGCUGCUUUCCCCUUCCAGCUCUAUGACAUGUAUUCCUGCGUCAUGCAAUACUUGCCCGGGAGACACAACCGCAUCUACUACCUAAUCGAGGAGCUCAAGGAUUUCGUUGCAGACAGAAUCAAAAAGAACCAAGCGACACUCGACCCCAACAACCCGCGGGAUUUCAUUGACUGCUUCCUUAUCCAGAUGGAGAAGGUGCCAGAAUGGAUCCCCUCUUCAGCCAUGGGAGAAGGGAAGAGAACCAAACUGGACCAUAUUAUCUGAAAUUGGGAGGGAAGCCCCCACCCCCUGCCAGGAUAGGGGCAGCAAUACUUGGAAUCCUGGUUGUGUGUGCAGCUCUCCUCACUCAGAAACGUGCGCUGAAAGGCAACCAAAGUGCUCGGGGGUGGCUUGGUGCAUUUUUCCCUGUGAGGAAAGGCUACAAUAUCAGGUUUUCUGGUUGGGGGGAAGACAGCUCAGAGGAGACAUAGCAGAAAUUUGUCCAAUUAUGCAUGGUGUAUGCCAAGGGUCGCAGGUGGCACUGUGGGUUAAACCACAGAGCCUAGGACUUGCCGAUCAGAAGGUCGGCAGUUCGAAUCCCCGCAAUGGGCUGAGCUCCCAUUGCUAGGUCCCUGCUCCUGCCAACCUAGCAGUUCGAAAGCACCUCAAAGUGCCAGUAGAUAAAUAGGUACCGCUCCGGCAGGUAGGUAAACGGCGUUUCCGUGCGCUGCUCUGGUUCACCAGAAGCGGCUUAGUCAUGCUGGCCAGUAAAGCGAGAUGAGCGCUGCAACCCCAGAGUCGGUCACGACUGGACCAAAUGGUCAGGGGUCCCUAUACCCUUUACCUUUAUACCAAGGGUUGGGAGCCUUUUUCUGCCCUAGGGCCAUUUUCCCACGGCAGCGUUGCAUGGAGCCAGAGGAAGAAGUGGGCUGAGCAAUGAAUUUGAAUGUGACCUUUGCAUGACGGUAUCUGUAACACCCACACCCCUCCCUAUCUGUCCAGACAAGCAAGAGGCAUUAGCAGAGUCAGUGCCAGAUUUACGCAUAAGCUAAACAAGCUAUAGCUUAGGGCCCCACUCUCUUGGGGGCCCCAAAAAAUUAAAAGAAAAAAAACUGGAUGUACAUUUCCAAAAUAUAAGAUAAAAAAUUAAACCCACAUACGGUUAGAGCUUAAUAAUUAUUUCACCAUUAAUAUACUUCUUAAUUGUAUUUCACUAUUAAUAUAAUUAAUUGUAUUUCACUAUUAAUAUACUUUUUAAUUGUAUUUCAGUUCAACAAUGACUUUGAUAAAAUACAUACAGUGGUACCUCGGGUUACAGACGCUUCAGGUUACAUAUGCUUCAGGUUACAGACUCCGCUAACCCAGAAAUAGUACCUCGGGUUAAGAACUUUGCUUCAGGAUGAGAACAGAAAUAGCUAAAGUGGUGCUUCAGGUUAAGAACAGUUUCGGGUUAAUAACGGACCUCCAGAACAAAUUAAGUACAUAACCCGAGGUACCACUGUAUUUUGUUAUGUGCAAAUGGCUUUAGAGACCUAUAAGGUCCAUAAAUUACCAUAUAGCGUAUAUUCAACACAAAAAACAAAACAGCAACAAUUUGUUGUUGACAAGCUGGACAUAUAAAGGGCCCCAUUACCUUCAGUAGCUUAGGGCCUCAUCAAACCUAAAUCCGGCCCUGAGCCAAAGCACACAUUUGAACCAUAAAACCAUUCUUCCCACCAGUGGCCGUGCUUGUGUACAUGGUGCACAUUCACGCAAAUGCACACGCACACACAUACACUAAUUUCUUUGUUCCUUCAAAGGAAAAAGGGAACCCUUCCAGUGAAUUCAACCUAAAGAAUCUGGUCCUCACCACCCUCAACCUGUUCUUUGCUGGGACAGAGACGGUCAGCUCCACCCUGAGAUAUGGAUUCCUCUUCUUGAUGAAACACCCAGAAGUGGAAGGUAUGGAGGAUGACAUCUGGGACUGGCAGAUGUCAAGCAAGUGCUGAUGUAGUGGAGUGGUGUGGUGGUUAAGAGUGGUAGUCUCAUAAUCUGGUGAACUGGGUUCGUUUCCCCGCUCCUCCACAUGCAGCUGCUGGGUGACCUUGGGCUAGUCCCACUUCUCUGAAGUCUUUCAGCCCCACUCACCUCACAGAGUGUUUGUUGUGGGGGAGGAGGGGAAAGGAGAAUGUUAGCUGCUUUGAGACUCCUUCGGGUAGUGAUAAAGCAGGAUAUCAAAUCCAAACUCCUCCUCUUCUUCCUUCAUCUGCCUGGGGCUCUUCAGGUAUUUUGGGCUACCAACGCCCAUCAGACGCGGGUGGCGCUGUGGGUUAAACCACAGAGCCUAGGACUUGCCAAUCAGAAGGUCAGCGGUUUGAAUCCUCGCGAUGGGAUGAGCUCCUGUUGCUCGGUCCCAGCUCCUGCCAACCUAGCAGUUUUAAAGCACGUCAAAGUGCAAAUAGAUAAAUAGGUACCGCUGUGGCAGGAAGGUAAACGGCAUUUCCAUGCGCAGCUCUGGUUUCAGUGUUCCGUUGCACCAGAAGCGGCUUAGUCCUGCUGUUCACGUGACCUGGAAAAACUGUCUGCAGACAAACGCCGGCUCCCUCGGCCUGUAAAGCGAGAUGAGCGCUGCAACCCCAGAGUCGUCUGUGACUGGACUUAACUGUCAGGGGUCCUUUACCUUUACCUUUUUUCAUCUGCCUGGGGCUCUUCAGGUAUUUUGGGCUACAACGCCCAUCAGACCCAGUCGGCACAGCAAUUGUAGUCCGAAAUAUAUAGAGGCACCAAGUUGGUAAAGGCUGGUUUAGGGUUAAAUCAUUACCUGAAAGUAUAGCAAUCCAGGUCUGUAGCCAAAUAUGACCCAUUAAGCUUAGAUAGCAGUUUGUAGCCAUUGUCAUUUACCAUUGAUAAUACGAUUAAUGAUGACACCUAACAUACAUCAGCAGCUGUAUCAAAAUCAGAAGAACCAGGAGACUAAAGGCACCCAACUAGUAAAAGGUAAAGGUAUAGGGACCCCUGACCAUUAGGUCCAGUCGUGGCCGACUCUGGGGUUGCGGCGCUCAUCUCGCUUUAUUGACCAAGGGAGCUGGCGUACAGCUUCCAGGUCAUGUGGCCAGCAGGACUAAGCCGCUUCUGGCGAACAAGAGCAGCGCACGGAAAUGCCGUUUACCUUCCCGCCGGAGCGGUACCUAUUUAUCUACUUGCACUUUGAUGUGCUUUGGAACUGCUAGGUUGGCAGGAUCAGGCUCCGAGCAAUGGGAGCUCACCCCGUCGCGGGGAUUCGAACUGCCGAAUCCUAGGCUCCUAAGUCCUAGGCUCUGUGGUUUAACCCACAGCGCCACCUGCGUCAGUGCUAAAAGCAUCAUGAGGAUGGCUGACAGGUGUGUGUGUGUGUGUGUGUGUGUGUGAGAGAGAGAGAGAGAGAGAGAGAGAGAGAGAGAGAGAGAGACUGCAGCACACGGGAAGGAAAGAUUUAAGUCUUCCUUCAGUUCCUAUGAAAAGUGUUGCCUCACUCUGCUUUUCAUCAUGGAAGGCAAGCUUCAGCUGCUGUCAAUGGGGACUUUCCCCCAGAGUUUAAUAGCAAGGGGGGCGGCUUUCAUCUGGAUCACAGUGAAGUAGGGAACAGCUAAUCCCGUGCCCCCUUGGGCAGCCCCCACCUGCCUGCCUUCUCCCACACGUCCAGUCCAAGGGGUAGAAUCUACCUGCCAGCUUUCUCUUCCUCCCCAGCCUCAAUUUUCCUCAUUGCAGAGCUCAGCAGGGAGGAUGAAAAAUGGGGGCAAGGCUGGGUUAGUUGGCUCUACCUGUCAUUGACUCUGGCACCACCUGCUGUUGGGCUGUCUGUCUUCCACUGGCAAAACCUGCUCUCUCUCUCUCUGUUGUGGUCCCAAUGAAAGCUGGCAUUCUCACGCCUUCUCUGAAAAAAGAAAAGAAAAAGCAAGAUGGGCUUCCCAAUUACAUGUGUAACGUUAGGUCUAAGUAAGCCCUAAGAAAGAGAAGAGGAGAAGAAUUGGAGGGCAAAACAAAAAUAUCUCAGUGUGAGAUGGAGAAGAGGCCAGGUGCAUAUUGUAGUGAAAGAGCUCGCCUUCCAUCCUUACAGACCUUCAGGGUGGAAGUGCUCACACACCUUCCUUUCCCUACAGUGAUUUAUUGAUCCCCACAUUAAAGUUCAACUGGAGACAACUUCAUUCCUGCCCCCUUCACAUGGUUAGUUGAGGAGUGAUUCAAUUACGGCUGCUCACCUCAGUUUUGACCCAUAAUGAGGAGAAGAGAAAAAGUUGUUGUUUAGUCAUUUAGUCGUGUCCACCUCUUCGUGACCCCCUGGACCAGAGCACGCCAGGCACUCCUGUCUUCCACUGCCUCCCGCAGUUUGGUCAAACUCAUGCUGGUAGCUUCGAGAACACUGUCCCACCAUCUUGUCCUCCGUCGUCCCCUUCUCCUUGCGCCCUCCAUCUUUCCCAACAUCAGGGUCUUUUCCAGGGAGUCUUCUCUUCUCAUGAGGUGGCCAAAGUCUUGGAGCCUCAGCUUCAGGAUCUGUCCUUCCAGGGAGCACUCAGGGCUGAUUUCCUUCAGAAUGGAUAGGUUUGGUCUUCUUGCAGUCCAUGGGACUCUCCAGAGUCUCCUCCAGCACCACAAUUCAAAAGCAUCCAUUCUUUGGCGAUCAGCCUUCUUUGUGGUCCAGCUCUCACUUCCAUACAUCACUACUGGGAAAAUCAUAGCUUUAACUAUACGGACCUUUGUCGGCAAGGUGAUGUCUCUGCUUUUUAAGAUGCUGUCUAGGUUUGUCAUUGCUUUUCUCCCAAGAAACAAGCGUCUUUUAAUUUCGUGACUGCUGUGGACAAAGAGAAAAAGUAGCCACUGCAUAUGAGUGAGGGGAUAUGGAAGUGGCCAUCUCUGAAAGGCUUCCCUCUAGCUAACUCUUCUGCUCAGGAGGACUGAAGCAAUUACUCCCUACUUCGGAGCCAUCUGUACUCUCUCCUGCAAUGUCCCAGGGAGACAGCAGUAAGCUACAACUGCUGGAUUUUCCAGGCAUCGUUUUAUACCAGCUUCUUCCAGGCCCAUAGGGACUGAACAAUGAUGAGGAACUGUCAGGCAUUAAACAAGGUUGAAUGCACCAAGUCCACUUGUUUCCAGUUUAAGGUUUGAUGCCUCUACAUGAUAGACAGCUUCCAAUUCUAAGCUCCGGAAGGCAGCUAAUCCCAGGGCCGUUCCACUCGCAUCCAUAAUGCGUUUCUUUCUCUCACUUAUGUUCUCAGAAGGCCAUGUUUUCACUUCCCCUGGUUGCUCUCCUAGAAGGUGUUUCUUGAUGUCUCCACAGAGAAGGUCCACCAGGAAAUUGACCACAUCAUUGGCCUCAACCGCAUCCCUGCCAGCGAGGACAGGAUGAACAUGCCCUACACAGACGCCGUCAUCCAUGAGAUCCAGAGACUGACGGACAUUGUCCCCAUGGGAGUUCCACACACUGUGAUGCGAGACACUCAGUUCCGGGGGUACCACCUCCCCAAGGUGAGACAAGAGUUAAGUUAAAAAGGAACAAGUCUAUGGGGAAAGGGGGGAUGGAAGGGUGAGCCAUAUCUGUUUAUGAGGCCCUCGCUGUCCCUGUCAGUUCCAUUUCAAGAUGGACCUCUGUCUCAUGUCUUUCCAGGGCACCGAUGUCUUCCCCUUAUUAGGCUCGGUCUUACGUGAUCCCAAAUAUUUCAGCAACCCCCAGAAGUUCAACCCUGGGCACUUCCUGGAUGAGAAAGGGCGCUUUAAGAAGAACGAUGCUUUUGUGCCAUUUUCUUCGGGUAGGUCUUUGUCCCUGUUUGCUUUUUACUGCUUACUGAAAGUGGCCUUUGGCUAGUCAGCUCCCUUGUAGCUUAACCGAGCCUGCAACUCUGUUGUGAAGAUACAAUGGGAUGAUUCCUGUGUGUGCCACCCUGAAAACCUUGGAAGAAAUGUGGGAAACAAACGAUGAUGAUGAUUAAGAAUAAUAGCAGUGGUAGUGAUAGCAAUGGUGCUCAUAGUACUGACACUGUACUAGACACUCACCUCUAGCUCCGAGGGCCUUCUGGAGGUUACAGGGAACCAGGCAGAGGGCCUUCUCGGUAGUGGUACCUGCCCUGUGGAACGCCCUCCCACCAGAUGUCCAAGAGAAAAACAACUACCAGACUUUUAGAAGACAUCUGAAGGCAGCCCUUUUUAGGGAAGCUUUUAAUGUUUAAUAGGUUAUUGUAUUUUAAUACUUUGUUGGAAGCCACCCAGAGUGGCUGGGGAGGCCCAGCCAGUUGGGCGGGGUAUAAAUAAAUUUUAUUUUAUUUUAUUUUAUUUUAUUUAUUAAUUAUAUAGUAGUACUGGCAGAGAAUAAUGUGAGAGAGAACUAUAAAGGCCGAAGGGAAGGUGGCUUUCCAAGACCUCUGUAGCAUCUGCAGCCAGAGUGGAGCCCCUUGGCCAAGCAAAUUAUAACUUGUUCGGGUUCCUUUCUCUCUCUCUCCCCACAGGGAAGCGCGUCUGCCUGGGGGAAGCCAUGGCCCGCAUGGAGCUCUUCCUCUAUUUCACCACCAUCUUGCAAAGCUUCUCUCUGAAAUCCCUUGUGCCUGCAAAGGACAUUGACCUCUCCCCGAAACUGAGUGGCUUUGGGAACAUCCCCCCAACAUAUGAGCUGUGUUUGGUGCCUCGCUGA